CUCUCUCCCUCACCCUUCACUCUCCUCCUCCUGCUUCUCUUCCCACCACACUUAAUUCCAGAUCUGACCAUGAAUGGGUCAGGCUUCCUCCUCGGUGUCCUCAGCCUGCUGGCAUGUCUGGUCUCCACCAUGCAGGCAUGUCCCCCCAGCUGCCACUGCCACGGCGGGGACCUGCAGCACGUCAUCUGUGACAACGCGGGGCUCAAGAAGAUCCCCAAAGUGCCUGAGCAGACACGGCUUCUCAACCUGCAGAAGAACAACUUCCCCAUCCUGCCCACCAACGGCUUCCGUGACAUGAAGAAGUUGGUGUCCCUGCACCUCCAGAGCUCCCGGAUCAAGGAGAUCUCCACCGGAGCCUUCCGGGGGCUCAAGAGCCUGGUCUACCUCUAUCUCACCGACAACCAGAUCAGUGUCAUCAAGCCAGGAGCCUUUGAUGAUCUCUCUGAUCUCACCUACCUGUACCUGGACAAGAACAAGAUCCCAGACCUAUCCAAAGGGCUCCUCUCCCCUCUUGUCAACCUCUUCAUCCUGCACUUGGGCAGCAAUAAAAUCCAGGAGCUGAAACCAGGGGUCUUCAAUGGGGCUAAAGAUCUGCGCUGGCUCUUCCUCUCCGACAACUCCCUCACCAACCUCCUACCUGGGGCCAUGGAGGAUGUAGAAAACCUUGCUGUCCUCCACCUGGACAAGAACCAGCUGAGCAGCUACCCUGUGAAUGCAAUGAGUAAGCUGAGAGUGCUGGAGGAACUGAAACUUUCUCACAACCCUAUUGAGGUCAUCCCUGACAAUGCCUUCCAGUCCUUCGGGCGGUAUCUGCAGACACUCCACCUGGACAACAUGAAACUGAAGAAGUGGCACUGCAGCUGCCAGCUGGCCCCGCUGCGCAAGUGGCUGAAAGGCAACCGCACCCGUGCUGAGGACACGUGCUCCAGCCCAGCCCAGCACCGGGGACAGCCCAUCAGGGACACCCCGGCCCUCCGCGCCUGCAAGCUGCCCACCAAGAGGUCCAGGAAGGGGAGCCGCCAUUAAACACGCAGGCUCCAGUAUGGCCCGUCCUGGUGACCGGUCACUUCAACCAUCAGGAAACUACUGACUUCUGAGUCCUUCCCUGAGCUUCUCCUACCUGUCAGGAAGCACUUCUGAUAUAUAUGAACACCUGCAGCCUCCUCUGAAUCCCUGCUUCUCUGCUGAUCACAAGGAUGGAAUCCACCUUCUCAAUCUUUUCUGACAUCUAUGUAUUUUAAAAGAGGCCUCUUUAAAAACUAAACUAUGCAUGACCACACACUAAGACAAGCUAAGCUAGAUCCUGCUGGUAAAACACAGUCAUCUUUCCCAGAAGAAACAGAACCCACAUCCCUGAUCAACCAGCUGGUUGCUGUCUCUCCCAUUCCAGAGGAGAGGGAGCAAAGGGGAGGGUGGGAGCAUCCCUACCCCAGCUGCUUGAUAAGGAAAAUUGGUCUCAAGCCAUGCCAAGAGACUCCCCUGCCUUCCCACAGAGGGGAUCCCUGCAGGCCAGGGCUGAGGGGACAGGUGAAGCAGUGACCAAGAGCCAGUGGUCCUGAGGCAGCAAUCUCCCAAAAUUGGCCAGAAAUCCUUUAAGGGAAACAGUACUGGGAACCUCCAAACCUGGAGCCAUCGAAAGACUGGAUUUCCCUCCCACUCUGUGGGGUCUCCAAGAUGUCCAAGAGGAGAAGGUGCAGUUGGCUCAGGCACCCCUCCUCUCCUUCCCACCCAUGCUCCAGAGAUCUAGCAGGACACCAGGAUGACUAUGGUUUAUUGUCACAGCUAUUUCAAAGCCACAGUUGCAAUUCAACUACGUUUUUAAAUCCUGAAGAGUUAUAUAAAUAUAUGUCUAUUUAUUCCUCUGUAACAGUGUAAAUGACCUUUAAGAGGGUGAAAACUCCUCUGCCUCCCAUAUAGAAAUCGAAUUGUAUAUUUUCUUAUGUACAUCUUCUGUAUAAAGCUCUUGCUGCAAAGAUGA